AUGUUCUGUCCCUGGAACAGACCCAGGGACACCCCUUCUUCCAGCCUCCAACCACUCUCCUGUGUCUCAUCCAGUCACCACCUUCAGAACCACCUCCGGGACCAAGCACCACACCGGUUUCUUUUUUCUACCUUCACUUCUUAUUGCCGAACCACCAUGAGCUCCCAAAUUCGUCAGAAUGAUUCCACCAAGAUGGAGGCUGCGAUCUAUCGCCUGGUCAACCUGCUUCUGUGGCCCUCCUACACCUACCUCUCUCUGGGCUUCUAUUUCAACCACGACGAUGUGGCUCUGGAGGGUGUGGGCCACUUAUUCCGCGAGUUGGCGGAGAAGAAGUGUGAGGGCGCUGAGCAUUUCUUAACGCUGCAAAACAAGCCUGGCGGCAGCAUUGUCUUCCAGAACAUGCAGAAAGCUUCCCAAGAUGUCUGGAGCAAAACUCAGGAUGCAUGGCAGCCACCCUGGCCUUGGAGAAGAGACUGA